AUGCAGAGAGGGAAGCAUAACCUGCAAGCAGUCCUGGAUGACGGCUUGGGCAAAGAUUUGAUGAAUGCCGGGCGAUUUUGCUUCAGCUGCGAGCAGAUAUUUGCAGACAGAAAAUGCUUGGAGGAACACAUGUGUUCUGCUGCAAGUCACAUCUGCUCUUGUGGGACUGAGUUUACUGAUUACAAUGACAUGCUGGAGCACAGCACUACGCAUGAACCAGGACAUCAGGUGCUUGAUCAUGAAACAAUUAAACAGCGUCGAAUUGCAAAGCACAAAGCUGAGGAGGCACAGCUGCAAAGAUUACAGACAGGUGAGGUUGUUUGGAAAGCACCAAAAUUAGGGAAUGUGCCAUCAAAAUCUUUGCCGAUGAAGAAAAUGCUUGCAUCAGCUCACAUCCCACAAGGUCCCUUGCACACUACGCAGAUUUCCCAAGUGCCUGAGUUGUACCCUUCAUCACAAGCACCUCUGCUUCAAAAUCCUUUUUACUCUGCAACAGACAUGAAGAAUAUUUUUGCUGGUGUAGGUGCACCAACAGUGGAUCUAUGGACACUUUACCAGCCAGUGGUGUUGUUGCAAACUGUGCGCCAAUUUAACAAGAAAAAGCCAUACUCCUGCAGCAAAUGCGGUCAGUGUUUUGCAACAAAAAACACUCUUGUAGCCCACUGUAACUCUCAUGUUGUAGAUAAAAUGUCAGGCUGUAUAGGAUGUGGGUUGCUGCUCUCCAGCAGAAAGAUAGUCCCCCGCUACCAUGUUUGUAGUGCUCCCAGUAGUUCUGCCAAAUUUAAACUCGUAACUGCAAAACCACUGGGUUACAAGGCACCAAAAGAGGCAAGACCAGCCAAAAGUCUGAAUGUUCAAGCACAGCUUGCCUCUUCCAUUCCAGAGUUUAGGAGCGAUAGUUUCAGUCAGGCAACCCAUGGCACUUCAAACAUGCAGCGGAAAAAUGUAAACAUUGGAACAUAUAAUAAAAGCAGCCAAGGGCUUCUGUAUAGUAAGAGACAAAAUCCAAACCAACCCAAGCCUUUUAUCACCCUCUCAUCAAAGACCCAUAGUACAAAUCCCAGUGCAUCCAUUAAAAAUGGGCAAGGGUGUUCUGUGACCCCCACCAGGCUGUUGAAGAGGCCCGCAACAUUCGCUACAGUUGUGCCAAGCAAACCGAUGCAUACAUCUUCCAAAUCAAAUGGAUUCACAUGUCGAGUGUGUCAUCUUCCUUUUGAGUCUGCGCAGCUGCUUCAGAGGCACAAGUGUGCCAGAGCACAGGAGUUCAUGGCACAGCGAGGUGGCAGUAACCACAAACUGAAGAGGAUGGCUCCAAUGGCAGGCCAACAUCCUGCUCCGAUAAAUGGUGGUAAAAAACUUGGGGCUCCACCAUCUUGUAACAUGAAGAUAAACCAAGUCAUGACGGUCAGUGUGGACCAAGGGCAAAGGAUGGCCCCUGUGAAUGGUGACACAGAGGAGGACAUGGAUGAUGAUUGCUUCAUUGUCGAAAACGGACCAGAAAAACCUGCUGAGAUGAUAUACCAAGUAACCUCAUCUGUCCCUAUUAAAACUUGA